CUUUCGACGAUUUUCUUUUUCUCCACCGAGAAGCCUGAAAAGAACAACACAAAAGUGCCACCCAAUCCCAAUGUCACCGAAUAAAUUAUCAGUCGCCUUUGUAUAUAAACGUUCGUGAUUCAGAGGAGAUUCCUUCUCGUUUCUGCACUUUUGCUUUCAAUCAUCGCAAACUCGAUCAAGUUUACAUUUAAUAUUCGAUGUAUUGAUAAUUUUUGUUGUAAAUCUUAGUUACAAUACCCUUUAGAAUUGUUCAUCUUUCUAGAUCGGGAAAUUUGGUUCGCAAUUAUCUGUUUUUCUUUCUCCUCAUUGAUUCUGCUAGCCAUUAAUGUUGUUUUUAUGCGUUUAAUUUGGGGUUGUGAAACAUUGUGGCAUCGAUUGUUUUCUAGAGUUCGAGACUGAUUCUAGUUUAUCAAUGGAUCCGUCUGCGAGUGCGGAUUUUGAUUAUUUGUUCAAGUUGUUGUUAAUUGGGGAUUCAGGAGUUGGUAAAAGUUCUCUUCUAUUGAGUUUCACUUCCGCAAAUGCCAUUGAAGAUCUUUCUCCUACCAUUGGGGUUGAUUUUAAGGUAAAAUUUGUCACCAUAGAUGGGAAGAAGUUAAAGCUUGCUAUAUGGGAUACUGCUGGGCAGGAAAGAUUCAGAACUUUAACGAGUUCAUAUUACAGAGGAGCCCAAGGAGUUAUUAUGGUUUAUGAUGUAACACGUCGAGAAACAUUCACAAAUUUAUCCGAUAUAUGGGCCAAAGAAAUUGAUAUGCACUCAACAAAUCAAGAUUGCAUCAAGAUGCUUGUUGGAAAUAAAGUUGAUAAGGAAAGUGAUAGGGUUGUCACAAAAAAAGAGGGAAUCGAGUUUGCAAGGGAAUACGGAUGCCUUUUUAUAGAGUGUAGUGCAAAAACUCGGGUGAAUGUGGAGCAGUGUUUUGAGGAGCUUGUUUUAAAGAUUAUGGAUACACCAAGUCUGAUUGCUGAGGGAUCAGCUACUAUGAAGAAAAACAUAUUCAGACAGAAGCCUCCUGUUUCAGAUGCAUCAACCAGUGGUUGUUGCUGAAGUUCAUAUGUGUUUCUUUCUGUUUUUCUAAUUUUUAGUACUUUUCAUAAUUGUGUAGCCAUUAAUUCGUUCAUAAAGGAAGUGUAAAUUUGAUCUUGAUGGGUUUCUUGUUUUUGUUUCUAUGUUUACUUAAAAUAUCAUUU